UGAAACCACCAGCAUCUUCGUGGAAGAUUUCUACUCACGUUAAACUGUUACUCUGUAAACAGUUACAGUCUUGGAGACCCACGGGGGGUGCUGUGAGUCAGCAUUGACUCGAUGGCACUGAACACCAAAACAUCCCCUACAACAAACCAGGCACGUGGCUCGGAGGAAAAGGGGAAAGCUGAUAAUGCCAAGAAGGCGGAGGAAGAAGAGGAGAUUGACAUUGAUCUGACAGCACCGGAAACAGAGAAGGCGGCUCUUGCCAUUCAGGGCAAGUUUCGGCGAUUCCAGCAAAAGAAAAAGGAUCCCAGCUCCUGAAUGACCAACCUCGCCCUUCACCCUGCUCCCAUCUCCCGCCUUCUCCACAGCCCUAACUCCUAUGUAUUUUGUCCCUUUGUCCCUCUGGCCUCCGUUGAGGCAAGUCCAGUUUUCUCUGGUCCCUUCAAGCCAUCACAGCAGUAGAGGCACAAGGAACAUGAGAAAGAUAAAGACUUGAGUUGGCAUCCACUUGGCUAAGGCUGGACCACUUUCUCCUGGGCAUAGUGCACUUUGAUCAUUACCAUUGUCUGCCUUUUGGGGUUGAGGAGGACACUUUGAGAUGGAGGGAAGGGCCCCAGGCAAUAUGGGGAGGGAGAAAGCCCUCAGGGUAGGGGGCCAGAGAGUGGGGCAUAUGCACUGUUCUGCCAAUUGCAACAUUGCACUUCAGAUAACACUUCUUCCCACCACCACCUCCAACUCCUCUCCUAAGAGCUAAUCCACAAUGGGGACUUGAGUCUCCCUUUCCCCCAGGCAGACCUAAAUCAAGCAGUUUACCACAUUAGUGCAUGUUGAGUAGCUUAGCUCCAAGGCAGGGGGACUGGGCCUGAUAGAGGCAAGGAAAAGUUUCCUUUAUCCUCUAGUCUAGAACCUAAGGGGCAGAGAGGGUGAAGAUGCUCAAGGGGCCACAGACAAGGAAGUGAGAAGGUUUAGAGAGGGAAAGGAAAGGAAAGGAAAGGGAGAUCUCGGGAGGCACAAGUUCCUGCAGGUAAAAGUGUAUGACAUGAAGGCUUCUUGGGGUAUAUGCACUGUUCCACCAGUGGCUUCCUCAUCCCUACUUGUACCUCCCAAGUCUAGUCAUCCCCAGAGGCCACACAGAUUAAGUGACCCCUGUAAUUCCCACCUGAUCCGCUGUGGAGUCAGGACAGAAAUGGAAUAGUCACUCAUCUGUGACUUUAGCAUGUUUAAUAAUUAUAACAAUAAAAAAACCCUCUAAUGGGUCCAUUUAA